AUGGACUCAAACACCCAAGCUAUUCUCACAGGCUUUAUGGCUCUCCGCGACAACUCAAGCCGGCGAGCAGCGCUCAAUGAAAUCCUUGAUAACCUAAGUCCUUAUGAGAUACGAGAAGUGAAACGCCGAUUCGAAACGAUGACAUUCCAAUAUGACUUACUCGGCAAACUGCCUCUUGAACUGGUGGUUAUGUUGGUAAAGUACUUGGACCUAGCUGAUCUUGUUCUCCUUCGAAGAGUCUCCAAACGAUGGCAAGUACUGCUCUCUUCACCUAUCGUCGUCGCCACUACAAUCAGAUAUCACAUGGGAAACAGUGUCAUCCAGCCCGACUUUACCCCGGCUAAUUUGAAUGCGUUGAUUAAAAAACGAAUUCGAGUGGAAAGGGGCUUGCCUGCUGUCGUGGUGAAAGUCCCUUAUGACGCGUCUCCCGAUAUAGACGCCGCGCCAAACAGAGACGCUAUAAGUUGUUCUAAUGGAGUAUGCGCGUGGAUUGAAGAAUCCACAGGUCGGACGACUAUCUACAUGGUAAACCUACCAACCGGCGAAAACAGAACCCUGACAACGGCAAAUCGAGAAGAAUUUACUCAUGUCCAGGUCUCGGAUACUCUGAUCUCAGCAACUUCUGUUCGGGGGUAUUGUCAUGUCUGGAACAUGCAUAACCAACAGUACAAAUCCUUCCGCAUUCCUUCGUUGCGAUUUGGUCAUUACAUAUCUAUCGGAUCUAAAGUCAUGCUGAGCUACGUGGAUUCCGUAGUCCACUUCUGCUUUAACUCUGGAGUCACCCGUUCCAUCCAAAUCGGGCCGCUCAUUCUUUUGCUGUCAUUGCAUGCAGAGGAGGAUGGAUUCUCCGUCGUUUGCGUCCGCAGAAAAGAUGGCGACAAUAUUCAACUACGGGCUAGCUUAUUCUGGGAAGCGCAUCAUUUGCAGACCCGGAAGUUCUUUGUCCAUGAUAAUACGUUUAUCUGUAUCUGGGAGCAAUAUCAAGAGCUUCCUUUCAGACACGACGAAGUAUGGGUCACACCAGAAGACACCAUACCAAAAUACAGAGCGUGUCUGCAUCCUGGUCAAAGUUCUACUUUGCUGGGAAAUUGUACGACUGAAAAUUACAGGAGGGCAUUCUAUUCUACCGAUGAUCCUCCUCUGCGAGAUGAGGGUAAGCUUGGUUCACUUUUUCUUUCACUCGAGGCAGAUGACCGGAUUAUUGCGCAUUUCCACGCUCUACAGCCGAACUUCAGGGGUCCUCACAUCAACCUAGACUAUUCAGCCCAAGGUCGUGGCCUGAUUUAUUGUUUUGAGAACUCCCACCUCCCAGGAACAACAAUAUUGCGCAUUGGCUUUGAAUUUUCAGGUCCUUCCCUUGUCCGCGAUGCUAAAACGUGUCGAUUCGAGUCCUCACACAGUGUGGUUUUUCCAUAUGAGCAGUUUUGCACCUCGGCUUUGGGGAACGGGGACUUUGUUAUAUUUUUCGCGGAAGAGACAAUCUGGAUCUGGUGCUUUGAUGAGACAUGGCGUCCUUCUGGUCUCCCUGAUAUGGUGAUUGCAACUGGCUUAUUUGAUAGGUAG